AUGAUCCUCAGUCCUGCCGCGUCCGGCCCCUCCUCACUUUCAAAGAUAUCCGCGACUCAGAUUCUCCUGCUGCUUGAUACCAUCAGUGAAAGAGAGGGAAAGGCAAAGUGGGACUCCAAGCGGGAGAAGAUACAGCGACUGCUCGAUUCUAACGGCAUGGAGGUCUUUGCCCAAUUCUUCAGGCGAACCAUCACCCUGAAUACUGCCGCCAUUUUCCAAGGUGCGAAAGACUUCGAUCAGGGAAGCUAUAAGCUACUGCGUGAAGAGUUGGAAAAGGUCGCCUCAGACCCAGAACAGCCAUCAAAGAUUGCCGAGGCCAUUGAUACCUCCAAGGAAGACUCGUUCCGCGACUUUGACCUUGUGACCUUUAUUCAACAUUUCUUCGCCGAUACCCUUCCUCAGGUCAUUCUGGCCGUUGCCUUCACAAAAUGCGCCCGCGUCGACCUGAGAACAAAAGCGGAAAGUUUUCUCGCCGAGUUCGCUCAGAGCUCUCUGCGUUCCCUGUCGGAGAGGCGCGGUGAGAACACACAAACAUUCGCGGUCGAGAACAUCUGCUCUGUGAUCGAAUACUUUGCCCUAGCCGCUGCGACGACCACGCAACAGCAGAAAGACGAUCUAUGGCGUGCAGUCAUCAGUCGAUACACUGGUUCUAAACCAGAACAAUUCUUUGGUGCCUACCAGCUGCUACGCCUCUCAGCCGAAGCUCGAGAUAUCGCUCGCGGUCUACAACGGCACGGACCUAAGGCGGUCGCCUCAGAACAAGCCGCACAGGAUUUUCUAGCUUCAUUACCCACAACGAGUGUUACAGAAGCAGAAGUAGCCAAUGCUCUACUAUUCCUCGUCUUCACCAUCAAUCAACAGUAUGAUAUUUCACAUUUGGUAGAGGCUCUCCGGGCAAAACAGCUGGACUGGAACCUGGUCAUUCAAGGAUUCGAUAUCCCGGGUCUCCGUAUGCGGAGGAACGAUUUCCCAAGGUUAUACAGAUCUCUGCUGCAUGUGGCACAGGAUAACCCGCAAUUUGAUCUCCAGAAACUCUGGGGAGGCAGAUGGGCGAACCCAGACACGCAGAUUUCCUUCCUUGGCGGAUUUCUCGCCUCUUCAUCCUCGGAAACUCAGCCAACUACAAUACCCCGACUUCGCGAGACUUUACCCGCAGAAGACCUGAGCAAUUUCUCUCCCGAAAUGACGCGAUUGAUCACCCCAGAGCUCGAUGGUCCAUAUGUAUCUGCCGAUGCUUGUCAGGCUAUUUUUGAAGUCGUUCUGGGACCCGGUACAGGGGCAGAUGGGGAAGACCGAAUCGACAUACUGCAGGACGUAUACCACAAUCACCCAGCCAUCUUCCUCCUGUUUCUAGCGAGGACCAAUGCAAAAUCAUGGGUGCCAGACCAGGAAAAGUUCAUUGCUGAGUGCUUCAGCUUGUUCCUCGAAAAGCAACGCCCAGACUAUCGUCCUGUUCUUGAAACACUUGCGUCUCAGUAUCCUCAAUACCUGUUCGAGCUUUGUCAUAUCGUUUUUUCGCUCGAUCCACGACAAACAGAAGUGAUAUACGAACGCGCUCAAGAAUUCGGGUGGACCGAGGAAUUUCUCAAACAUUGGUCAAAUCCCCUGGCUCUCGACAUAGCCUGCAUGCGGAACAAGAUCGACCCAGGAUUCGAUCUGGAUCGGUAUCUGUCUGAAGCAGCUGAUGGGCAGACAAAUCUGGGCAUGAUUCUUUGCAAAUACCUGCGGAUUAAGGCAGACGACGAAUUUCGCGUCCAACGUGGCGAAACCACGCCGCAGUCUAUUCCGCUCACGCUGCGAAGCGUACAUACGCUCCUGGAGAAACUCGAAGACCACUUGGACAAUCGCGAGUUGGUUGAGGCGGCACAGACUACGUGCUUGCAGACGUAUCCGCGGUUGAUGAACUACGGGGCUGGAUUCGAUGAUAUUUUGGAGAAAAGCAGUGAAGAGAAGGGCAACAAACUUUCCGAGGUCAUUGAUAAGCAAAUGUCGGAAUUGUUCGGUCGAAUGUAUCGAUCAGAGCUGUCGAUCCGUGAUAUGGUGAACGAAAUGCGGAGAUAUAAGACUUCUCGAGACCCAGAUCAGCAGGAUCUCUUCUGCUGCAUCGUCCACGGAUUGUUCGAUGAGUAUGUUUGCUACAAUGAGUAUCCGGAAGAUGCACUCGAGAAAACGGCCCUUCUGUUUGGGAGCAUUAUCAAGUACAAACUGCUCCCUUCAAUCCCCCGAGACUUUGGCCUUGCUCUUAUACUUCGGGCUGUUCGCGAUCACGAACCCGACAGCCUCAUGCACCGUUUUGGCAUCGAAGCAUUACUCCAGAUCAGCGAUCAACUCUCCGAAUGGCCUGGACUUUGCAGUCUACUUCUGCAGGAGCCUUCUCUUCAGCAUCCAGAAAUCUUACAACGCGCUGAAGAAGGGCUCCGUGCACAGCAAGCUGCUGGAAAUGGGCUUGGUGCGAAUGGCGUCUCAGGUGCUCACACCACGAAUGGAGAUGAUCUCGUUGUGCUAGACGCAGGCCGUGGGUUUCGAGCCUUGCGUGCGGACCCGCCUCCAGCUUCCGCCCAUUUUCGAGACCCGGACCAAAAAAUCCAAGAGAAAAUCCUGUUUGUCAUUAACAACCUCUCCAAAGACAACAUGGCUAGCAAAUUGGUCGAUCUGAAAGAGUCGUUCACUCCUGAGCACUAUCAAUGGUUCGCUUCAUACCUUGUUGAACAGCGUGCCAGGUUAGAGCCAAACAACCAGGAAAUGUACUUCCAGUUUAUCAGCAUGAUCGAUGACAAUUUGCUCAUGUCGGAGGUGAUUCGCGAGACCUACGUCAGUAUUGUCAAGAUCAUGAGCGCCGAAUCGACAAUCAAUUCUGCGACGGAAAGGAGCCACCUCAAGAAUCUUGGAGGUUGGCUAGGAUCUCUCACUCUCGCACAAGAUAAACCGAUUAAGCACCGAAACAUCUAUUUCGUCGACCUCCUGGUGGAAGGGUAUGAGACUCAGAGGCUGAUUCUGGUGAUACCAUUUACGUGCAAAGUCCUGGCUCAAGGCGCCAACUCGAUGGUCUUUGUGCCACCGAAUCCUUGGUUGAUGGAAAUAGUGGGAGUUCUCUUGGAGCUUUAUCAUUUCGCGGAGCUCAAACUGAAUCUAAAAUUCGAGAUUGAGGUGCUUUGCAAAGACCUCGAGCUCGACUUCAAGAAGCUGGAGCCUGCUACGGUUAUUCGAGACCGACCGCAGACAGAAGACGACAUGGCGAACAUUCCCGCAUUGCCAGACGGCCUAGAGACCUUUGACGACGUGUCUUUGAAUGGCGCCAUAAGCAGGGCCGUCCGUGAACGGCUUUCCGCCCCUGAGAUCAUGGCAACACUUCCAAGUUUGGAGGACGUGCUCAAAUAUCCUCCAACGUCGGGCUCGCCUGCAGAUCAAGCAAUGGUAAAGAGCAUUAUCUACCGUGCUUUUGACCAAGCCAUCCAGGAAAUCAUCGCCCCUGUUGUCGAACGGUCAAUCACAAUUGCAUCAAUCUCAACGGCUCAGCUUGUCUCAAAGGACUAUGCGCUUGAGCCGGACCCAGAAAAGUACCGGACAGCCGCUAGGCAGAUGGUCAAGUCCCUGGCGGGUAGUCUGGCUCUUGUUACGUGCAAGGAGCCACUGCGUAUGAGUAUCUCCAACUACAUUCGCCGUCCUGCCCAGGAUGACUUGCCGGAGCACCUUUUGCCUGAGGGAGCCAUCCUUAUGUGCGUCAAUGAUAAUCUGGACACUGCAUGUUCGUUUGUUGAGCAAGCUGCUGAGCAGCGCGCUGUUACAGAAAUUGACCAGGUUAUUGAAGCUGAUCUUGAAGAACGACGUCGGUUCCUCGCCGAAGGAGGGACCCGGGAUUUCAUUCCGCAAGGAAUCAAUCGGUGGUCAGCAUGGAUUCCCGAGCCCUACAAACAAACAGUUGGCGGUCUCAACGAGGCACAACGGGCUGUCUACGAAGAGUUCGACCGUAGAGUUCAUGGAAUGAACACCAGCCAUAUUCCUAAUGCUACCGCUGACACCCCUGGACGUCAGAUUCCCGACGUCCUGCAGGACCCUCUCACGAUGCCAAACCUGUCCACGCCUGCUGAUCAGCCUGCGAUCCCGCACCAAAGUCCGCUGGUCCAGCAAGAAAGCCGAAUGCUAUCUGCAAUGCCGCAGCCGAGGGUCAAUGGUUUCCCGGAGACAUUGCCACCUCAUGAUAGGAUUACCAUUCUCAUCGAAGAUAUCCAAAAGGCAGCUAGGGCAUCCGAUGCGACACGGCUGAAGGAUCUCGAGAAGAACAGCUCCAUCUUCCAAGAUUUCCGCCAAAUCCUGAUCGUGCUCACUUCUUCUACCCGCCCAGCAGCUGAUCUCCUAGCUCGCCAGAUUGCAGAGAAGAUCUGCCACAUUUUUGUCACCAAGCCGCCAGAAGGGCCUCUCGAGGCUGAGGUCUUAGCUUUCUUGCUUUCGAAACUAUGCCAGCUCUCGGACCUUAUUGUGCGGGAUGUCCUCAGAUGGAUGACAGCUAAUGAAGACUUGCUACUGGCUAGCUCCAACGUGGUAGUGGCACUGAUUACGGCAGGCUUGAUGGAGUUUGCUCGGGUCGACGUCGCAAUUGCUUCAGUCAUCAUGAGUCGAAACGUGCACGGACUUCAUGUCCUCGCUGAGAUCAUGGAUCAGACUCUCUUUACUGAUGAGCCCACAGCCCUCCGGGCGGAUUUUGCCCACAGUCUCGUUGCAAUGGCAGCUUGGGUCAAGGAGAAACCAGACCUUCCUGUUGCCCCAGAAAUCAACGCGAAGCUAAAGGCUCACGGCAUGCCCGAAUUCGUCAGUGUCGAGAUUACGGACAAAGCCAAAGCGAAGCAAGACCAAAUGCGCUACGUGUUUGACGAAUGGGUAGGCAUCUUUGAAAGCAUUGGGCCCAAUGAAAGCACCUGCGCAGCAUUCCUAAAAGAGCUCCACAAGGAGCAGACGAUCAACAGCACGGAGGAUCUGGCAGAGUUUUUGCGAUUGUGCAUCGACUCGUGCAUCGAAUGUUACGACCGAGAAGCUCAGAGUCCCAGAGGCAGUGUGGACGUCGCUUUCUCGCAUGCGGAUGCCCUUGGUCGCCUAGUUAUUAUGCUGGUCAAGUUUCAAGGGGAUACCAAUGGCGCAGUCCGGCUUAGCAAGGCACCCUACCUCGAGACGAUCUUGACGAUGCUUGUGUUGAUUUUGAACCACCACCAGAUCAUGCGCGGAGUGACCUUCCAUCAGAGACUUUUCACCAGACUGUUUGCCAACAUGCUCUAUGAGUAUUCAGCAGCUCGAUUGGACACCACUACCGACCACAACGACUUGAUGUCUGCCUUUGCCAAGUGCUUCAAGUCUCUGCAGCCGUCGUGGUUCCCGGGGUUCACAUACGGAUGGUACAGUCUCAUUGUGCACCGCGUCUUCGUCGCUGGCAUGCUGAAGCCGAACAAUCACGUUGGAUGGGAUACCUACCGUGAGCUCAUUGGAUUGCUGCUUCUUUACAUCUCGGAGCUGUCACAGACGCCUGGUUUCGACCUUCUGAAUCUUGACCUGUACAAGGGAACACUGAGGAACAUACUCAUCCUGCUCCACGACUACCCCGAAUUUCUGUGUGAAAACCACACCUACUUUUGCUCGCGAAUAGCAUAUGGGAUCCCGCAGCUCAGGAACUUGAUACUCACAGCCAAGCCUUCGGCAUACCACGAUCUCCCGGAUCCCAUGACGCCAGGGCUGAAAAUUGAACGACUCGAAGAGAUGAAGAAAAAUCCGAUUCUAGCGCGGGACUAUGACCUACCCCUUCAACAAGCAGAUCUCAAAGACGUUGUCCUGAACGCGAUCAGAAAAUCAGGUGACCUGGACAGCACGUUCAAGCAGAUCAAGCAGGCUCUUCAUGAGGGACAAAAAGAGUCCUCUGCCAUGGCUCCUGCGAAGAGCGUGGAAAUCAUGAAUGCUCUAGUGCCAUUUGUCGGCAACGACGCGCUCAGCUCCUCUCCAGGAAGGUUCGAUUCUGGCACGGCGCCGGUCACGUUUUUCAGCAAGCUUGCUAGCAGCGUCAGCCAUGAGACGCGCUACCAACUCCUCAAUGCCAUUGCCGACCAGAUCCGCUAUCCCAACACACACACGGACUUUUUCUGCAAGGUGAUGCUCAACCUUUGGGGGACAGGAAGUGGAGACGAGCAACAGCGCGAACUCCGGGAACAAAUAUCGCGGGUGGUAUACGAGCGGCUCACGGUUGCACGGCCCCACGUUUGGGGAAUGACCAUUCUGUUCCUCGAAUUGCAGCAAAACACCAGCUAUGGCUUCUGGGAGCAUCUGGCGCCAGACGCGGCGAUGCAACAACGUCUGCAACAAGCCAUGCGGACGGCCCACUAA